AGGAUUUUUCCCGAACUGAAGAUUGAACUUUGUCUGUCUCGGAAAAAGAAAAAUAAGUCCUCGAAAAAAUCGGUCGAAUCGUCAACGAAUCCCACAAUCCACACAUUCAUUAUUCUCUAUUUUUAACAUUUAAUCUGAUAUGGGCUUUACGCGAUAGGAAAUGUUAUUGACCCUCGGAUUGGAGAUAAAUUCGCCGGCCACGGUGCGUGCUUGCCGUAGGAUGAUGAUGAUGAUGAUGAUGAAAGCCGCGGCGCGGUCCGAUAAUACAGAUAAGGUUCCCCCUCCCUCGCACCUGUUAUUCAACACACUCGAAUCCGACGUUCCGGGCGAGAGACGCACGUGGUCGCACGCCGAAGAAGAAAUUGUGUCUCUAUGUGACUGAUUAUAAUUGCAGAGUAAGCGAAGAAAAUGUCAAGGGAGCGCGCUUCCAGACGAUUUUACCGUAUAGACAGUACCAAUGAUCUGUUCGAGUUUAUGGACCGCGGCUACACUGCCCAGAAUGAGAAUCGGUGGAACUUCGAAGUCGCUUGGGAAGCCGCCAACAAAGUCGGUGGAAUCUAUACGGUGAUAAGGUCCAAGGCCUACGUGUCGACGGAAGAAAUGGGCGAUCAAUAUUGUCUGAUUGGCCCGUACAAGGAGACCUCGGCGCGCACCGAGGUUGAGGAGAGCGACUUCCUGCCGCACAAUCCUCUCAAUCAAACGGUGCAGAAGAUGCGCGAUCAAGGUUACAAAGUGAUAACGGGGACCUGGCUGGUGGAUGGGAAUCCCCAAAUCAUCUUGUUCGACAUCGGGAGCGCCGCCUGGAAGUUGGACGAGUAUAAACAGGAGUUAUGGGACACUUGCCACUUUGGUAUACCCCAUCUCGACAUCGAAGCUAAUGACGCUGUUAUAUUUGGAUACUUGAUUUGCCAAUUCAUCGCCGAGUUUAGAAAGGCGGCGGAAGGGUACUCAUCCAUCGCUCCGAGGGUGGUCGUGCACUGUCACGAGUGGCAAGCUGGUGUCGGGCUGAUCGCUCUGCGAACGAGACACGUGGACGUGGCCACGGUGUUCACCACUCACGCCACCCUCUUGGGCAGAUACCUCUGCGCCGGAAAGACCGACUUCUACAACAAUCUGGAUAAGUUCAGCGUCGAUGAGGAAGCUGGUAAGCGACAGAUAUAUCACAGAUACUGCAUGGAACGCGCGGCGACGCACUUGGCGCACGUGUUCACGACGGUGUCCGACAUCACCGGCUUCGAGGCCGAGCACUUGCUCAAACGCAAACCGGACAUUAUCACGCCGAACGGGCUGAAUGUGAAGAAGUUUGCGGCGCUGCACGAAUUUCAGAAUUUACACGCUAUCAGCAAAGAGAAGAUACACGAGUUCGUGCGUGGCCACUUUUAUGGACAUUACGACUUCGACUUGGAUAAAACCCUGUACUUUUUCAUCGCCGGUCGGUACGAAUUUGGGAACAAGGGUGCCGAUAUCUUCAUCGAAGCCUUGGCCAGAUUGAACCACUACUUGAAAACGUCGAGGCCCGACUUGACCGUGGUCGCUUUCCUCAUUUUUCCCGCGAGAACCAAUAACUUUAACGUCGAAUCUCUCCGUGGCCACGCAGUAACGAAAUCCUUGCGAGAUACCAUUAACGAUAUACAACAGAAAAUAGGAAAACGGAUGUACGAAUUAUGCCUUUCUGGUCGUAUGCCGGAAGCCGAAGACUUGUUACAGAAAGAGGAUACUAUUAAGAUCAAACGGUGUCUUUACGCGCUCCAGAGGAAUGGAUUACCACCUAUCACGACACACAACGUUAUUGACGACUAUAACGAUCCGGUGUUGAAUUCCAUUAGGAGAUGCAAUCUCUUCAACACCGUCCACGAUCGUGUCAAGAUAGUAUUCCAUCCGGAGUUUCUCUCGUCGACGAACCCGCUGUUUGGCCUCGACUACGAGGAGUUCGUCAGGGGCUGCCACUUGGGCGUGUUCCCCUCAUAUUACGAGCCGUGGGGAUACACGCCGGCUGAAUGCACGGUUAUGGGCAUUCCAAGUAUCACGACGAAUCUGUCAGGUUUCGGAUGCUUCAUGCAGGAGCACAUAGCGGACCCGAUGAGCUACGGCAUCUACAUCGUCGACAGACGCUUCAUCAGCCUGGAGAACAGCGUGCAACAGCUCGCACAGUACAUGUUCGACUUUGCGCGACUCAGUCGUCGGCAGCGCAUCAUUCAGAGGAACCGCACAGAGCGUCUCAGCGACCUUCUCGACUGGCGUAAUCUCGGCAUUUAUUAUCGUCAAGCGAGAAUCAAAGCACUGAUCACUGUGUAUCCGGAGCUCCAGUCGGAGUACGCGGAGGGCGGUGUCGGUCGAUUCACUUAUCCGCGACCGAUCAGCGAACCACCGUCGCCGUUGUCUUCGCGCCAUACGACACCGGCUGCGUCCGUACACGGGUCCGACGAUGAGGACGAAGUUGAUGAUGAGAAGGAGCUAGCGGAACUACGAUAUCCAAGCAAUAACUAAAACAAUGGGAUGGAAAUCGACAUGGAGGGAAAGAGAGAGAGAGAGAGAGAGAGAGAGAGAGAGUGAAAGGGAGAGAGCGGUAAGCAAUCACAAGCGACAAGCGAUCACGUGCGCGAUGAAAUGCAAAGCAAUAUAACGAAGAGAAAAUUGCAUGACAGUAGUGCCAAAAUCUUAGUCGAGGCUCCUUCGCGGAGUGGAAUGUAUAUACGUAUCUAUGUGUUUGAAUGUUUCUGACAAAAGUUUUGAAGAUAUCUUCGUCUCGUUGGCGUCGUCCACACUGCCUCACGUGCGAAAUGCAAGAGAUUUAGCAAAGUCAAGAGAGAAUCGCAGCAAUACUUGCAACACGGCUCACAAUCGUAGCAAUCAUGUGUUUUAGAAGUAACAGUAAUAUUUAUUACAUUUAUAGCUUUAUUCGUUAACGGCGCAUAACUCGCUUUGUCCGUCUAUCAUCUAAAUUUCUGAUCGUGCACGCCACGUUCAGACAAUGUUAUUAUUACUAUUAUCGCUAUUAUUAUACAUAUCGCGGCCAAAAGUUGGAGUGCGCGAAAGAAAGAAGAAGAAGAAGACAAUAUUCGUCCCUGUACAUGCAUCAUACGUCCCACGCACAUCGCGCUUCACACUUGUUCGUAUGGCAAUAUAGUCAGUGAAUUUGUAUACAUAUUGUAAUUAUGCGGUGUGAAAAUGGAAUAUGUUCCUAUCAUGUAUAGAAACAAUAAUAUUUUUAUUAGAAUUGGCA